CUUGCUGCCCUGGACGCACCGGAAGAAGCUCGGUCCCUGUAGGCUGUAGCGGAGAGUUCCACCAAGCAGGCAAGAUGGGGAAUGCUAAGAGCCAUUCGAGUCCGAAGACGUGCUCAAGGUUCUUGCCUGAGGAGCAGGCUGAGGUGGACAGGCUGUUUGACACCCUGUCAUCUAAUAAAGGCAGCUCGGCAACAGGAACAUUCUCUCUGGAGGCACUGAAGAGCCAUGUCAAGGAGGAUCUCCCCCAGGCGAUGGUCACCAGACUAUAUAACGGCAUGUGGAGGGUCAAAACGACCCAGAAGGCACACGGGAGCCAGGGGAGCCAGGGGAGCCAGGGGAAUGUUUCCCGGGAGCAGUUCACAGAGUUCCUGUCCCAUCUGUUGAAAGGCAGCUUCGAGGAGAAGGGCCAUAUGGUUAUCCAAAUGCUCUCAGCUACAGAGAGUACUGUGAAGGCCAGGGACAUCCUGAAGUUCACAGAGGACCUGGUGGCCUCUUUGGUGCAUGUGCUGAUCCACUGGCCUGAGCUUCGAGGCUGGACUUGGAAGAAAUCCACGGUGUGCCCCGAAAGCAUGCAGGCCAUGGCUGCCCAGCUGCUCUCAGAGAUGAAGUUUCAAGAUGGCCACAAGUUUCUGGGCCCUCAGUUCCUGGACCAGGUCUGCGACCAAGCCAUGAUCCAGGACUGGGUGUUCCACGUGCCCCACAUGGGCAUGUUUCUGAGUGUGGUCGUCCACAGGGGCCUUCGCCUCCUGAGCUCAUCCUUUGACCUCUCCACACUGGUCCCCGAGUGCCACGUGGACCGAGGGAGGCCGUUUGAGAGCAUUCUGGACAUGCUGGCCGUCAUCUACCUCAACUCCCACCUGGAGGCCGAGCACCGGCACGUCUGGCGCCUGCUGUUCUCCACACAGCUCCACGGGCAGAGCUUCUCCCAGCUGUGCAGCCAUAUCACGCACCAGGGGCCCUGCCUGCUCGUCCUCAAGGACAAGGACGGCUACGUCUUCGGUGGCUUCGCCUCCUGCUCUUGGGAGCUUAAGCCUCAGUUCCAAGGGGACAGCAAGUGUUUCCUGUUCUCCGUCUUCCCCAGCAUGGCCACGUACAUGCACACGGGUUACAAUGACCACUUUAUGUACUUGAAUCAGGGUCAGCAGACCAUGCCCAACGGACUGGGCAUGGGCGGGCAGCACUAUUACUUUGGGCUUUGGGUGGCCGCCGACUUCGGGAAAGGACACAGCAAGGCCAAGCCUGCAUGCACCACCUACAACAGUCCACAGCUGUCUGCCCAGGAGGAAUUCCAGUUUGACAAGAUGGAGGUGUGGGGACUUGGCAACCUCCCAGAGACCCAUCUGGCCAAGAACAAGAAGAGCAUCCUCGACUCAAAUCCUGAUGCCCGGGCCAUGCUGGAGGCCAGUGGACGGACCCGCCACAGUGAGGGACUGCGGGAAAUCCAUGAUGAUGGUGAUGACUGAAGCUCCUGGACAGUGGACUUCCUGGAGCAGGAGCAGGGACUCCCCCAGGGAUGCACACAGCACCCAGGUUCCUCACUGCUGGGCCAAGCGGAGCUCUCCAGACCAUCCGCCCUCACUCUGGCUUAGCCUUAACUCAGAGCCACAUGGUCACACCCAAGGCCAUCAUGGACAUACUUAAUCCGAACACAGCCAUGCCAAGAAAAAUCCCUCUGAAGCCAUAAUUGAUGGGUGUCGCCCCCCAGGGACCCUGAGUGUAGGUUAGAACCUUGGCCUUAUACUUUUUUUUUUUUUUUUUUUUGUCGUCAAUGGCAUCUUAAUUCAAAGUGGACAGUUGUAGACUUUAAGAUGGACUCCAGCAAUCCUGAAAGACUGAAGAUUACUCAGGCGGGCAGCUGCCCAUCACACCUUGAGCCAUCACUGUCCAGUUUCAUCCACUCCAAAGAGCUGUGAGCCUCUCUGUGAGACCUCUACCUCUUCCGUUGUUUGCCUUUUGCUGUAAAUGUCAACCUUUAUAGAUCUGAUAAAGGUUCUACCUUUGAUGAUACAGCUUGUUCCAAUUAACAGCCAUAGUACAGCUGGCUGUGUGCAUUUCUCCUAUUCUGCAUUUUUUGCCCAGGAGGCUCCUGGAAUACUCCAUGUACCAAUCUUGAGCACAGCAGAAAGGUCUGAGGCUAGCACCUUUUGAAUACCGGUGCCAUUCCUGUGCUGGAGGGCAUGUGGUGCUGACAAGAGCUGGGCCAUUUUGGUUUUCUUGGUAAGAAGCCUGUGGUCAAUGGUUUGUGGGAUAGAGACAGAAAAUACUAGAAUCUUCAGACAGUCCCACUGUAACUUCACAGAAUUAGGUCACUGUGCUGUGGAAUAGUUUUUGUUUUGUUUUUUAAGUCUGAAUCCUCAGACUUUUCUUUCUUUAAAAUAAUUUAUUUACUUUUAUUUUAUGUGCAUUAGUGUAAAGAUGUCAGAUCUCCAAGUUAUAGACAGUUAUGAGCUGCCAUGGGGGUGCUGGGAAUUGAACCCAGUCCAAUUGGAAGAGCAGACAGUGCUCUUAAUCACUGAGUCAUCUCUCCAGCCCCUUGCUUUGUUUUUUGAGACAGGGUUUCUCUGUGUAGCCCUGGCUAUCUUGGAACAUACUUUGUAGAUGAGGCUGACCUCGAACUCAGUGAUCUACUUGCCUCUGCCUCCGAGUGCUGGGAUUAAAGGCAUGCGCCACAACUGCC